GCUUUAGGAAUUCAUUACUGCACACACAUUGGCUCCAGGUCCCAUGUUUCCAACGUCAUUACUGGGAUAAGAAUAUAAAACGCUUACACAUCAUGUAAAGGAUGAACAGAUUGCUUUUUUCAACAAAUAGCACUAUUUUAAUAAUGUAUUGUGCAGUAUAAAAAUGAAAGGCAACAAACUCUCAUUUUGACAUGGGUAAUAUAUCAGUGAUUACUAUACUUAUACUCUCUGGGUUCAACGGCACAGCAAACUACAGAAUCACUCUUUUUACUCUCACUUCAUUGUGUUAUUGUAUCAUAUUGUUGGCGAAUUUGACUAUAAUUAUUACAAUAAUUGUGGAUAAAAGCCUUCAUGAGCCCAUGUACAUCUUCUUGUGUAACCUGUGCAUCAAUGGACUUUAUGGAACCGUUGGAUUUUAUCCCAAGUUCCUGAAUGAUCUGCUGCUUUCCACUCAGGUCAUCUCUCAGGCUGGAUGCCUUCUGCAGGGUUUUGUCUUACACUCCUCAGCUGGUGCUGAUUCUUCUCUUCUCGCUCUAAUGGCCUAUGACAGAUAUGUGGCCAUAUGUCACCCUCUGGUUUAUCACUCUGUGAUGACUAAACAAAGGAUUAGUGUGUUAGUAUUCUUGGCUUGGCUUCUUCCUUUGUAUUUGCUGUUAAUGAGCACAGUCACAUCAAUAUCAACGUUGUGUGGCUCCAUCAUACCAAAGAUCUAUUGUGUUAACUAUUUAGUUUCUAAUCUUGCUUGUUCUCCAUCCAUAGCAAAGGAUAUUAUUCCAGUUAUUAAUUACUCUUUUUAUGUUUGUGAUGCAGGUUUUGUUGUUUGGACUUAUAUCUAUAUGAUCAAGACCUGUUUAAAAUCCACUGAGAACAUGAAUAAGUUUAUGCAGACGUGUGUACCACAUGUGUGUGCUGUAAUGGUUUUCAGUCUGUCUUUGCUUUUUGAUUUGUUGUACAUGAGAUUUGGUUCUAAAGAUUUAUCACAGCAUGUCCAGAACUUCAUGGCAAUGGAAUUUCUUGUUAUUCCUCCAAUCAUUAAUCCGCUAAUUUAUGGUUUCAAAUUCACAAAAAUAAGAAAUCGAAUUCUGUUUGUGGACAAAGUUUUCAGACCAAAGUUGCAAAGUAAAAAACAAUCACUCUGUCAUUUGUAAAUUACCAGCAUUUACACAGUGGCCAGGACAGAAAAGGCAGAGGAAAUACAGUAACAAUGGCCUUGCACAACAACCACUUACAGUACAGUACAGAUCACAUUUGUUAUUAAGUGCUACAUGUACAUAAGAAAAAGAUCGUUGUGAUUUCAGGACCUCCUCUCAUUAUAACUCAUGUUUCAUGUUGUUGAACGGUGUCUGUAGCUUAAAGUAUG